GAAAGAUAUUUGACAAGUCCCUUUCAAAUGCAUAAACUCCAGUUGUGUUCCAUGCAUUUUUAUCAAAGAUCUUCUUCUUGCUUGCUACUAUAGCAAUGGAGUCUUCCCAAGUUUUUGGAGCUGCAGAAGAAUGUCACAGCAGUGAAUCUGGGUGGACAAUGUAUAUUGGCUCCCCCAUAUAUGGUGACGAUGAUGAUGAUGGAAGUGGUGAUAACGGGGAUAGUGAUGAUGAAAAUGAUGAUGAUGGCGAUGAUGAUGAUGAUAAAAAUGAUGCUAAUCACGAUGAUGAUAGUGAUGAUUCAAUGGCUUCUGAUGCUUCUUCUGGCCCCAGUCAUCAAGGACAUCCAUGUGGGAGCGGAAAGGGUGGACAUGGCUUGGCUGCUUUCAAGCAAGAGGACGAGGAAAAUUAUUACAACUAUCGCUUGGACAAGAAAGCCAACGAACAACAACAAAAGGAGAAACAGAUCAGAGCCCAAAAGAUGAAGGAAGAAAAAGAAGAGAAGCUGCUGGGGGCAAAAAAAGCUAAUGCUUCAGCUCAGAGUACUGGUACAAAGGUAAGAAAAAAAUUCUGGAUGUGAGAAAGGACAUGAAUGCUUUCUCGACUUCUUAGCUUGUGUUUGUAGGUCAUGAGUAGCAUGAGCUGAAAAGUAUAAUCAAAUUCAGCUACAAGUAGGAUCACCAUGUUUCUGUUUCUAAAGCUUGUUUUAGUACUAAGAAAUAAUCGAGGACUACUAAAAUGUUUGUCGGAUAGACAAUAGCAUGAAUGGAUGUGCAAGUAUAAUUCUUGUGAAUGUCUUAAUAUGGGUUUGAUAACUAGCUAUACGCACCAUACCCACGUGUGGGCUAAACGACACCAUGAUGCAGCACGCACUUUGUUCUUAUUUCAUGUGCUGAAACUGUAGACAAACAGAAGAGCUUCAACCUGUC